CAGUUAUAGACAAUUCUCGAAAGAAAAAUAUAAACAUUUAAAAAAUUCGGAUGGGUUUGGAUAAAAGGGCAUCUCAGCUUCCAUAAUAUGAGCAAUAUGAUAAACUUUGUCCUAUGAAAUGCAGCCAAAAAGUGAUAUGUAACGUUGCUUCUGAUUGGUAGAUAAUAAUGUGGCAGGUGACCAUAAAUCUGUUGCCGCCCGCCAUAUUUGGCACCGGAGCCGGAGUGGCGGUGUUCAUGAUGCGAUUUUCCAUAGGUUUGACCAACCUGUCCGUGGGUACCAUUGUCGAAAACAAAGAAAGACUCAGCCAUGAGACACAGAUACACGCCUACCAGCACGCUCUGCUACUGAUGACGGCAUUAUCUGUGAUGGCAGUCCUGUCUGGGGUACUCCUCAACAUCAUCGACAUACGUCGGGGCGAUGGCGUAAACAGGCGUUUUAUUAAAGAGAAGGUUCGAGGGUUGGACACAACAGAUCUCAUUUUGGAUGACAAACUCAACAAGCGGUACGACACCGAGUACAACUCAGCCUUACCACUAGAGGAUCACGAAUAAUGAUGACGUCACUUUAGAUAGACGUUAUUUACACUAAUGAUGAUGUCACUUUAGAUAGACGUGAUUUACACUAACAAUGAUGAUGUCACUUAAGAUAGACGUUAAUUACGCUAACAAUAAUGAUGUCACUUUAUAUAGACAUUAUUUACACUAACAAUGAUGAUAUCACUUUAAAUAAACAUUAUUCACACUAACAAUGACAUUUAUAUCAAUUACAUUUAAUGUUUCCCCGAGUAAGUAUACUCAUUUCCUCUUCUUUUUUGUUUGUAGAAUAAAUCACUAUGAAUAGUAUAAUACCGAUUUGAAACUUUCCUUGUUCUCAUAAAAAUACAUACAAAACGAAUACUGUUACUAGUAAAAAGAUGUAUGUACAGAAGUUCUUCGUUGCAGAUAAAGUGUAAAUAUUCACCUUUUCGAGAAUAAAUGUUGAAAAUGUG